UCAGCGCGGAGUCUCCGGGAGACCGAGGCGCCGCCAUGGAGCCGCCUGCCGCGGCCUGCGGCCUCCUCAGCGUUACCGGCGCGGAGGUGCGGGACGGGCGGCGGGAGCCGUGCGUGCUCAGCCUGGGCCGGCGGAGGGGCCGGUACGGGAUAGUUAUCCACUCCCAGAAGAAGGAAAACUCUGAUCCAGAGUAUAUUCCCAUCAACAGCCGCUUCAAGUGUGUGCAAGAGGCAGAAGAAACUCUGCUGAUUGAUAUAGCUACAAACACAGGCUGCAAGGUCCGGAUCCAGGGAGAGGAGACUGCGGCGCGGCUCUUCGAGAUCCCCGACGAGGAGCGUUGCUUGGGAUUCCUCUCAGAAGUGCAGAGCAUACAGGAAGCCCACCUGAAAGCUUCUCCUCCUGAACCAAAGGACUCAACCAGCUGGCAUCAGGUGGAGAGGAACCUCCCAUCUCUAUCACAGGCCUCCUCUUCAGGAGCUUUGGGGUUUGAGGAUGACUUCAACACCCUGAGCCUAGAAGAGAAGAGAAACAUGCAAAACCACCAAACAGGAUCUCGCCGGGAACGUCCCCCUCCUCCUGUGCCUCAGAAUAAGUUUCUCCGAGAGAGAGAAGGUGCAGCAAGAGACCAGCCAAAAGUCACCAACACCAUGCGCAAAAUGUUUUUCCCCAGCACCCAGUCGGGGCAGAGGGAAGGCCUCAUCAAACAUCUGCUUGCCAAGAGAGAGAAGGCAUAUGUCAACCUCCACAACUUCAGGUUUUUUGUGGGGACGUGGAAUGUGAAUGGGCAGUCUCCAGACAGCAGCCUGGAGCCCUGGCUGGUGUGUGAUGCUGAGCCCCCUGACUUCUACUGCAUCGGGUUCCAGGAGCUGGACCUCAGCACAGAGGCAUUUUUCUACCUUGAUUCUGUGAAGGAGCAGGAAUGGUUGGCUGCCGUGGAGAAGUCCCUGCACCCUAAGGCCAAGUAUAAGAAAGUGCAAAUGGUCCGUCUGGUUGGGAUGAUGUUGCUCGUGUUUGCAAGGAAGGAUCAGCUGAGCAACAUCAGAGAGAUCAUGACAGAGUCUGUGGGCACAGGGAUCAUGGGAAAGAUGGGCAACAAGGGUGGUGUGGCUGUCAGGUUUGUGUUCCACAACACCACCUUCUGCAUCGUCAACUCCCACCUGGCCGCUCACGUGGAGGACUUCGAGCGUCGGAAUCAGGACUACAAAGAUAUCUGUGCUCGGAUGAGUUUUGUCACCUCUGAUGACAGUCUGGCUCAGUUCAACAUCACAAAACACGAUGUUGUCAUCUGGCUAGGAGACCUGAACUACAGGCUUUGUCUGCCUGAUGCCAGUGAGGUGAAAAGUCUUAUCAGUAAGAAUGAGCUCCAGAAACUGCUGACAUAUGACCAGCUGAAUAUUCAGCGCACUCAGAAGAAAGCAUUUGCAGAUUUCACUGAGGGAGAAAUUAAAUUCAUCCCCACGUAUAAAUAUGACUCCAAGACAGAUCGCUGGGACUCCAGUGGGAAGUGUCGUGUGCCAGCGUGGUGUGAUCGGAUCCUUUGGAGAGGAGGGAACAUCCAUCAGCUGCGGUACUGCAGCCACAUGGACAUGAAGACAAGUGACCACAAGCCUGUCAGCGCCCUAUUCCGCAUCGGGGUGAAGGUUGUGGAUGAGCAGAAGUAUCGGAAGCUGUUUGAGGACAUCGUGCGUUUAAUGGACAGAAUGGAGAAUGACUUCCUUCCUUCCCUGGAGCUGAGCAGGAGAGAAUUUGAGUUUGAGAAUGUGAAGUUCCGUCAGCUGCAGAAGCAGAAGUUCCAGAUCACCAAUAACGGGCAGGUCACCUGUCACUUCUCCUUCAUCCCAAAGCUCAAUGACAGCCACUACUGCAAGCCCUGGCUGCGGGCUGAGCCUUGUGAAGGUUACUUGGAGCCAGAUGAGAGCACAGACAUCUCCCUAGAUGUGUAUGUCAGUAAGGACUCAGUAACCCUCCUGAACUCUGGCGAGGAUAAAAUUGAGGAUAUUCUUGUCCUUCACCUGGACCGAGGGAAGGACUACUUCCUCACCAUCAGUGGGACCUACCUGCCCAGCUGCUUUGGCACCUCCCUGGAGGCCUUGUGUCGCAUGAGGCGGCCAAUCCGGGAAGUUCCAGUCACCAAGCUCAUUGACCUGGGAGAAGACAGCUUCUUAGAAAAGGAGAAAUCCCUCCUGCAGAUGGGCUCCCUGGACCCUGGGGAUGCAAGUGAGAUGCCACUGCAGCUGCCAAAGGAAAUCUGGCUGUUGGUGGACCACUUGUUCAAGCACGGCUGUCACCAGGAGGACCUGUUUCAAUCUCCAGGCAUGCAAGAAGAGUUGGAGCAGAUCAUUGACUGCCUGGACACCAGUAUCCCUGAGACAAUCCCGGGCAGUAACCACUCUGUGGCUGAAGCACUCCUCAUCUUCCUGGAGGCUCUGCCAGAGCCUGUCAUCUGCUACGAGCUGUACCAGAGGUGCCUGGACUGCUCCCACAGCAGCCGCCUCUGCCGACAGGUGAUUUCUCAGCUGCCUCGUUGCCAUCGCGGCGUCUUUCAGUACCUGAUAUCCUUCCUGCGGGAGCUGCUCAAAUACUCGGAAGAGAACAACGUCAGCGUUGCCAUGCUUGCUGCCUUGUUCUCCAGCCUCCUCCUGCGCCCCCCACCCAACCUGGUGGCCAAGCAGACGCAGCAGGACCGCCAGCGCGCCAUCAGCUUCCUCUACAGCUUCCUGCUGGCUGGGGACGAGGAGUGACUCCUGCACGGGUGCCACCACUGUCCCCUGCCACCCGCCAGGGAUGGGCCUCUGCCUGCUCCGAAGGGGUGAAGGCGCUCAGCUCCUCCAGGGAGGUGUUUACAGGGGGAAGGGAUGAGCUCCCCAAGCCUUCCUCACACUGCACCCCACGCUGCAGAGGACCCACACGCUCAUUGCACUGCCAGCCUCCUGCUGUCCCCCUGGGACCCGGGUGGAUCCGGGACACCCGAGCACUGUGCCAGCAGCACCCCCCCCAUCCCCUGCCAGUGUCACCAGUUCCCCCAGUUGUGCUUCUCUCUCCUUUUCACCUCCAUCUCCCUGGAGCCCCCAUAGGGAAGGGUUAGAGACUGCUGGUGCUCUCGGCAGGCCGUGGCACUGGGUGGCUUGGGUGCUGUCAUCCCCACCUCCCCCGAGCUGCUUCCAAAGGGUAGGGGCUGGAGAAAGGAGACAGAACUCCAAAGCCCAGGGGAGUAGCUGGAGGCGGGGAGAGCCAUGUUUUUCUGGCACUUGGGGGCUGUAGUGCCAGAGUUGGGGAGGGGUCGCCGCAGGGGGGUGCGAGAGAGGGGUCUGUCCCAUCAAACACUAAGCAGAGUCCUGCCAGCCAGGGGCUGGGGCUGGGUGGUCUCAGCUGAGGGGGCCACUGCCAGAGAUGUGUGGAGGGGGCUGCAUUCCAGCCCCUCACCAGUGCCUAUGUUUAGCCUGGAGGUGGCCACGUGUGGAGCUCCCCGUGUGCUGGCUGAGCUGUCAGGGGCUCCCCCACCUUGUUGCUUUUUGUUUUUUUCUUUCUGUUUUUUCAAAUUUUUAAAUGACCUAAUUUAUUGGGAAACGGUUCGUUCCAAAUAAACCUCCGUUGUGCCAGGUU